CUCCCACCAUUGUCCGCAUUUCAAUCGGGUCCGUUUAGAAUAAGCAACUAGCCGCGAAAACCAGCGCCAGCUUGCACGCGCUUGCAGUGUGCAGACGACCAUCAAGAAGUGAGCAGUGCAGGCAGUGCAGAACCCGCAACGGCAAUUUAGUGUUGUGUUGCUGUACUACCAUUACCAGUGGAGACGGUGCAUUUCAGUUCUCGUACGGAUGCUGUUGGAUCAGUUCUUUCGAACCAAGCGGUCACCGGCACUCACCGAAAGUUUGCGCUGCGGAUUAGCUUCGGUCGCCGACUAUGAGCGACGCAUGUGCGAAACGGCCGACAGCUCUGUCGUCGACUACUGUCGAGGCGGAGCAGCCAGUGAACGGACCGUCACACACAACCGUGCCGCCUUUGACCGGUUGAUUAUACGACCACGGUGUCUGCAACGUAUCGGAGGGAGCCGUUCGCUGGAAGUGACAUCCUUCGGUAUCAGCUACCGUAUGCCGAUCGGCAUUGCUCCCGUUGCGCUGCAAUGUCUCGCACAUCCCGAGGGUGAAAAGGCAAUGGCACGGGCGGCCCGCACCUUCGGCGUUCCGUUUGUGCUGAGCGUACUGUCGAGCGUAUCGAUCGAAGAGCUAGCGGAAGCGGUACCGCGUGCCCCAAAAUGGUUCCAGUUGUACAUCUUCAAAGAUCGCGAACUGACCGAAUGUUUGGUUCGUCGCGCGGAGAAAGCACGGUUCCGGGCGCUAGUCGUCUGUGUGGACACUCCGGCACCGGGGCUAAGUCGAACGGAACGGCGGAACCCCUUAACGCUGCCAGCGAAGGUAACGUGCGCCAACUUCGUACCGAAUGGCAACGGUGCGAGCGGAAGCGGCAAGGCUAAGUCAUGCUCGGCUAGCGUUCUGGAUUACGUGCGCAGCCAGCUUGAUCCUAGCCUCGGUUGGGACGCCAUACGAUGGUUAAUGAGCAUCACGUCGCUGCCGGUCAUUGUGAAGGGCAUUCUUAACCGGGCCGAUGCGCUCAUUGCCGCCGAUGUUGGCGUGCAUGGACUGAUCGUGUCGAAUAGUGGAGGUCGCCAGCUUGACUAUGCACCUGCUGCGAUUGAGGUCCUGCCGGAGAUAGUGAAUGCCGUUGGUAGCCGCGUCGAGGUUAUGCUGGACAGUGGAGUCUCCCAAGGUACGGAUGCCUUCAAAGCUCUGGCAAUUGGAGCGCGCAUGGUAUUUGUCGGCCGUGCUGCCGUCUAUGGACUGGCAGUAAACGGUCAGCGAGGCGUCGAGGAGGUUCUGGACAUUCUUAAAACCGAGCUCGAAUCUACGAUGCUCAAUGCGGGUUGUGGCACAUUGGCCGACCUCACGCCACAGCACGUGUGUCACGAGGUACAGCUGUACCACCCUUCUCCGGUACCAGACCAGUUGCGAAGAUCUUGGCGUGGAGAAAGCUUUCGUAGCGAUCGUUAUCGAACACGUGACAGACAAAGUACCACGGAAACGUUCGACGAAGAACUCGUGCAGGAUGCAGGGCGCGAUAGUGUCGAGUGCGUUGCAACACGGGCGGAAAAUGUACCUGAACGCGUUACGUUUCAGCAGCGUAGUGUUGAUACACCGAUCAACGACGGACCGGCCGGCUGUCCGGAUGCAAAGCAUUUUUUGACGAAAGUAACACCCACGGCAGUGGCACCUCCGCCGUAUCGGAAUGUUCCACUGCAGCUUAGCGUUCCGCGGGGAAUAUUCCGUUCGAACACGAACAAUUUAUCUAAAUGUAACGGGAAUGCCAUCGCAACGGGGUGUCCUUCGGAAGGGAAUGUAAAAACGGUUCGAACCGUCAUCAACAGAAAGGAUUUCUCGUCCAGACGUGUAAAAUCACACUCGAUGCAUAACUUAACCGGCGUAGAGAGUGGCGAUCGAAAUUGUAGCAAUUGAUCGUUCUGCUUGUAUUACAUGGAAGAGUUGUUCGCGAUGCAUUAAGCAAGUAGAUAAACAAACAUGCAAAAUAAUAAAAAUUUUACAUUGUUCCACUACGGACGACGAAAUCUUUUGGAGGCCUCUUUGACCGAAAAUAAAUAGCUUCGAUAAACCUCCAGUGCGCGGGCUGAGCGGCCACGGAGGCCCUGUGUUUUCGAAAUGGGCCCAAACUCACAAUGAUCUUCCUUCCGAUUAACAGAUUAAAUAUAGUAAGGACCUCAUCAACAUUCAUUCCACUUUGGGCCUCCAAGCUGCUAGAACCACCACUGUGCGAUCCUGGCAAACAUAGCAGUUAGUCACGAAAAA